UCCUGCGUGCAUUUAGCCCCUGCGGUCAAAAUGCCGAAGCAGAUUCAUGAGAUCAAGGACUUCUUGCUGACCGCUCGUCGCAAGGACGCGCGGUCUGUCAAGAUCAAGAAGACUGGCAGCGUGACCAAGUUCAAGGUCCGGUGCUCGCAGUACCUGUACACUCUGUGCGUUGCGGACUCCGAUAAGGCCGAUAAGCUCAAGCAGUCUCUGCCUCCUGGCCUCUCUGUCCAGGACAUCUAAGGAACUUGUUAGCCACCCGGGGAGUAAGAAUGUAACGCAGGACGUGAGCCCUUGGUCCCAAUACCGCCUUGCAUCCACUCGUGUUGGAAGGGACCUGGCUUGUUCUCCAACUAGCAUGUCCAGUUCAGAUAUUCGCUCAGCAUCAGCACGUAGUGCAGGCUGAGAAACACAGCUUUUGCCAUGGAGACGUCAUGCCAGUGGCCGCUGUGACGACGGCGGAUCAGACAGCUCUGCAGCUCGCUGCACUGGGGCACUUUACAGGAGAGCUUGCUGUGAACAGCGUCAGGAGAUGCCCAUCCCAGCGCCGAUGCACGAUAGGCAAUCAUCUAGAAUGAUGUCGGCGUCAGCCAAGUCGGCAGCAUGGUCGGUCUCCCCCGUGUCACCGUCUCGCAGAGCCUCGUGUCGACGUGUAGCGUUAAUGACCUGUAAAUGUCCUGCGGUGACCA